CAAAUUUCAAAGCACCAAAGGAAAGUUCGAAUUUCUAUGUUGUAUUGUAAAUUCGUAGAUUUCAAGAAAAACACGCAUUAACUCCAUUUGAUUCCCUUUUAAAAUUAAACUGACUGUUUUUAAUUAACACAUAAUGCGCACACAUUGAGAGCUACUAUACUAUACAAAAAUGAGCAAUAAUUUGGAAAAUGAUCGGUCAAUUACAACUGGAAAAAUGUAUCCAAUCGACUUAGCGCCACAAAAAAUAACUAUAGUGAAAACAAUGUCGAAUACUGAAGUGAAGAUGGCUCAUUUGAUACCUGGGCAGCCGAAGACUACCAGUACCAGUCAAAUAAUCAGCCAUGGCGGGACUGGGUCUAUGGGAUUAAUGCGUACAGCUGCACAAAUCAUGUCGCCUGGCGUCGCUACACAGCCACAAAAUAUGAUUGUAAGCGGCUCACCAAUAUUGCAAGGCACACAAAUUGUGAGCCAAGGUUCCCAGCUAAUUGGACAAAACUCACAAAUUAUAUCACCAUCUCAAUUGAUCUCCAGUGGUCAACUCUUAAGCCCUGGCACUCAAAUAAUAAGCCAAGGAACACAGCUAUCUGCACAGGUGUCCACUGCAAGUAACACAGUGCCUAGCAGUAUUACAAAUACUUCUGGCAAUGGGCCACAGUUGUUGAACGUUGGUGGGUUGGUCAGCGGUGCUGGUAACCUGGUGGUCAGCUCCUCCGUGCGCACUUUACCCCCCAGUGUGAGAGUGUUGCCGCCUAUGCCACAAAAUACUAGACCAGUGCUGUCAAACAUGAAUGUGAACAGUUCUGGCGGCGUGCUGGUGAGCAAGGGCGUCACCAGCCACGUGCCGCGCGGUCUCGCGGCCGGCGCCUCGCUCGCCGUGAGACCCGUUACUAACUCACAGGCUGCCCCCAAUACAGGUGCUUGGUCCAACAACAGUCGCGGCGGUCGCGGCGGGCGCGCGCUCGUGUACGGCUGCCGCGCGCGCUCGCCCGCGCCGCGCGCCCCGCCGCCCGCGCCCCUCGCGCCGCAGCCCGCGCAGUCACCACACUCCACGCUGGCCACACUGCCCACCACUAGUGUGCUCACUUCCAGCAGCGUGAUAUCGACGGGAGCGCGUGGGCCGGUGCCGCGCGCGCCAACCCCCACCGCGCCUGCGCCCGUCACGGCACGGCCCUUGCCAUUGUUGCAACGGAAUUACCAACCUACUAAAGUGGUGGGCGUAGCGAGUGUGGGAGUGCGCGGGGUCGGCAAUAGUGCGCCUCCACAACUGUACUACGAGGUGCCGCGCCCUUCGCCGCUCCAGCAGCAGCAGCAACCCGCCACCGUGCAGCAACCCUACCAGCAGCAGCCGGUGCCGCAUCAACUGCCCAGGCCUCUCACGCCGUACGGACUCGCAAACACACUCCCCACGCAAGUAAGCGUAGUGAACACUGUCUCUACGCCUGAAGUCCGUCAGCCACCAACGUGCAUCCAGAACUCCCUGCUACCGCGACCGUCGAUACUACGCAAGCGAGAUGUUGAGGGGUCUCCAACAAAAACAACCGCGCUCACGAACGCAGUCAAUGCCGUCAACACAAUCAUUGGCGCCAACAUCACCAACAUCGCCAACAUUGGCAUCAACAACCAACACACACUAAACAUUGGCGCAUACCGGCCAGAGAACACAGGCUGGGAGGAUGUGCCCUCAGGUCCGGGGGGUGCCGGCUCUGGCUCCACGACUAUAUCAGCCCCCUCAUCACCAGCACCAGAUAUAGAUCCUGAUCCACCAACACCGGAACAGGAUCUAUCUCCGAGGAAAAAGCCCAGAAAACAGACAUUAAUAAAUGAUGUGAGGCAAUGCGACUACCCCACGGAAGACAGCGUAACAUCGCCACCGCCUGUUGCAGUUGCACCUCUUGCUAAACGUCCAUCACUCAGCUCGACGUACGUCUGCGGCUGGCGCAGCACGGCGCUUCACUUCACGCGGCCGGCGGACGUGCGGCGCCGCGAACCGCGCGCGCGCGACAUCGUCGCCAUCGCCAGCCAGAAGCACGUGCUCACCAGCGCCGAGGGCUGGAAGGUGCACCAUCUCACCGCGCAGAUGGACGACCUGGUGUCACUCGAAGGCGACGUGGGUGAGCAGCUGGUGGGCGUGCUGCGCGCGCUGGAGACGGCGGCGGCGCGCGCGCACUCGCCGCUGCACGCGCUGCAGCACACGCUGCUGGAACUCAUUAAGGGCAACAUACAACGGAGUAAAAUAGUGUGCGAAGGAAUACAAGAAGCCCGCGAGGACAUCCUGCGCGUAUUCACGCACAGGAACUUCGUGUCCGACAUUCUUACGCGACAGGCCGACAAGAGGUGCUUCCGGAAACAUCGCUCGCAGUCAUAGCACAGGCGGCACAAGAAGAGCAAACAUAAAGCCAAACAAUAUUGAUCGACAUUCUUCUCAAUAAACCGGCCAAGUGCGAGUCAGACUCGCGCACCGAGGGUUGCGUACCCUGGUGUAUUUUUUCCGACAUUUUGCAUAAUAAAUCAAAAACUAUUAUGGAUAAAAAUAAAAAUCUGUUUUAGAAUGUACAGGUUAACAAAUAAAUCAUUACAUUGAAUCGAACAAAAAAAAAAGAAAUUAAAUUAAAUUGAACAUUUAAUAUGUUUAUGAAAAGAUUUAUAAAUCCAAAGCAGACAAGUCCACGAUAAAUUAGAAAUAGUUUUAACUAAUUGUCAGUAUUGUAAACUGAACCAUUUCUGUUGUUUUAAGAAAAAGUAUCAAUUUCAAUUCCAGUACUUUUCAUACAAAAUGAAAUUUUUGCCAGAUGUUUCC